UUCAGACUUUCAGCUUCUAGCCAGCCCGCGGGCCAAAGGGCCCUUAGCGGGGCUACACUCGGACCGCGCGAAGGAGAACGUGCCGGGCGGUGUUUUGCGCGGCAGAUGUCGCAGGUCUCUGUGUCAGAGCUCUUCCAAGAGUAUGAGGCGGACUUCAGGCGGCUCUGCGCGGAGGGCCUGGCCUUGGCCCACGGCCAGGAGCUGCAAGAGGCGGAGAAGCGCUUCAACCGGGCGGAGCAGGCGGUGAAGCAGAUGGAGAUGGAGGCGCGCGCCAUGCCCCCGGAGAGCCGGCAGAAGCUGCAGGCGAAGAUCAAGGAGUGCAGGCACGAGAUCUCAGAUGGGCGCAGGGUACACAAGGAGGCGGUGAACCGGUCCAUCCUGUUCGACGACCACACGCUCGUGGGCAAGCCGGAGGAGGAUGUGAACCGGUCCAUGCUGGAGGCGUCGCGGAAGCUGGCUGAGGCCAAGAGGACAGUUCUGGAGUCUGAGCAGAUUGGCAUCGACGUCAUGGGUGACUUGCGGCAGCAGCGGGAGGUAAUUACCAGGAGCCGCGAGAACAUGGGCAAGGUGGGGCAAAACUACGGGAUGGCCGGCAAGAUGCUGGACGGCAUGCUGCAGAGAGCCGACCAGAAUCGGCGGAUGGUGUGCAUGAUUGCUGGCCUGUUCCUCUUCAUGUUGGUCUUUGCCUUUUACUUCCUGGCAAGCGGCUGAGCGUGGAGAUGCAGUUGGCUGCCCCUCCGGCAAAGUAUCGGAUGGCAAGCCGCGCACGCAAGGGCGCGCCCGAAAGGCAUG